AUGCUGCCGGCACGCCGCACGGGUCAGCUGCUGCGCGGGUUCCUGCGGGCCCUCGCGCCGUGCGGAGCGCGCCAUGGCGAGGGGAAGCCGCGCUUGGGGAGGGCGUGCGACGCCGCCGCUGCGGCCGCCUCCCGGCGCCGGUCGUCGACAAACCGCAGCUGGGACGACGAGGACGACCGUGCCCGGGAGGAACGGUUCCUGUUCCUCGACUACGUCCCGGAGCCCGAGCCCGCGCCGGACCCCGAGGAGCAGCUGCGGGAGCUGCAGCGGCGACAGCGGGAGGAGGAGCGACAGACGCUGCAGCGGCGACACGAGCGCCUGCAGCAGAAGCUCCGGGCCCGUCUCCAGGCGCAGCGGAUCCUGGAGGAGCCCCGGGACACGCUGGUGCCGCCGCCCAGCGGCAUCCACUGCCCGGGCUGCGGGGCCGAGCUGCACUGUCACGACCCGGGCCUGCCCGGCUACAUGCCCGCCGAGAAGUUCCGCGGCGUGGAGCGCACGCUGGGCGGCGUGGCGCGGAGCGUGUGCCAGCGGUGCUGGCUGCUGGUGCAUCACCAGCGCGCCCUGCGCCUGCGCGUGAGCCGCGAGCAGUACCUGCGGCAGGUGAGCUCGGCGCUGCGCACGCCGGGGCCCGCGCUCGUGCUCUACGUGGUGGACCUCCUCGACCUGCCCGACGCCCUGCUGCCCGACCUGCCCGAGCUCGUGGGACCCAAGCAGCUCAUCGUGCUGGGCAACAAGGUGGACCUGCUGCCCCAGGAUGCGCCCGGCCACCUGCAGCGGCUGCGGAAACGGUUGUGGGAUGACUGCGUCCGUGCCGGGCUCCUGGUGUCCCCUGGCCAUCAAGGACCUCGGUAUCCCACCGUGGACGGUGCAGCGGACGGGGAGAAGAGUUCGAACUCGUCGGCCAGGUCCCGUCCCGUGAUCAAGGACGUGCGGUUAAUCAGUGCCAAGACCGGCUAUGGGGUUGAAGAGUUGAUCUCCGCGCUCCAGCGCUCCUGGCGCUACCGCGGCGAUGUCUACCUGGUGGGCUCCACCAACGCCGGCAAGUCCACGCUCUUUAACACGCUCCUGGAGUCCGACUACUGCACCGCCAAGGGCACUGAGGCCAUCGACCGGGCCACCAUCUCCCCCUGGCCAGGUACUACACUAAACCUUCUGAAGUUUCCUAUUUGCAACCCAACUCCUUACAGAAUGUUUGAAAGACGUAAAAGACUGAAAAAAGACUCAGAGAAAGCCGAAGGAGACCUGAGCAAGCAAGAACAGAGUCAGCUGAGGGAGCUGAAAAAGCACGGCUACGUCGUAGGAAGAGUCGGAAGAACAUUCUCGCAUUCAAAAGUGCAGAAGGAUGAGACCACCUUUGAGUUUGAUCCUGAUGAACUUGCCUUUGACGUGGAAAAUGAACCUGUUGCAUCUGUGAAAAAACCUCCCAAGCGCGUAGAAUUGACCCCACAAGAUGUGAAAGAUGCCCACUGGUUUCAUGACACCCCUGGGAUUACAAAAGAAAAUUGUAUUUUAAAUCAUCUAACCGAAAAAGAAGUCAGUGUUGUUUUGCCAACACUUUCGAUUAUUCCAAGAACAUUUGUGCUUAAACCAGGAAUGGUUCUUUUUUUGGGUGCUAUAGGCCGCAUAGAUUUCCUACAGGGAAACCACUCAGCUUGGUUUACAGUUGUGGCUUCCAACUUCCUCCCAGUGCAUAUUACUUCCUUGGACAAGGCAGAUGCUAUCUAUCAGAAGCAUGCAGGCCAUGCGUUACUCCUGGUUCCGAUGGGUGGAGAAGAACGAAUGGCAGAAUUUCCUCCACUUGUUGCUGAAGAUAUCACGUUACAAGGAAGAGGCGAUGCGUCUGAAGCCGUGGCGGACGUCAAGUUCUCCUCUGCAGGUUGGGUUGCGAUAACACCAUAUGUUAAGGACACAUUGCAUCUCCGAGGCUAUACACCUGAAGGAACAGUUCUGACCGUCCGGCCCCCUCUCUUGCCACAUAUUGUUAAUGUCAAAGGGGAGCGCAUCAAGAGAAGUGUGGCCUAUAAAACCAAGAAGCCGGCUUCCCUUGUAUACAAUCUGCAAAAGAACAGAUGAGUGUGAGAUGGACCUGACCUGCACUGGAUAGUGACCACAUCAAACAUUGCAAUAAUUUGUUAAAUUGUACAAAUGCAGUAUAAUAAAACCCACAAGCUCCUAA